CGUCCUGCAAGCAACAACAAAACGGCAUUCGAAUCCGCGAUCCAUUACGGUUUGCCGUCGCGUUUUUCCUCUGGUGAAUAUACAUCUCGAUUGUGUGACACGCAGCCAGUCAGCUGCCUGCCGUCAACUCCCGGUCGUCCCUCUUCAUCUAUCUACCGUGUGCGGGAAUUACGGUAAUGCGCUCCGUAGUUGUUGACCGUAGAUGACUCCCGGGGUCGGCAGGAUACGAUUCGGCGUGUAUCUUCUGCUGUGCGUAUGAAUGUGUAUGAUUUAUCAGUGCACAGCAAUGUCAACUUUAGACGACCGACAAAUCUUGGAGUGCGUGCUCGGAGCUUGCCCGGAGAAAAGUUUGCCAACGACGAUUAACCACCGGAAAGCCACGUGUAGCUCAGUGUGCGAAUCGCGGAAUCGCGGCAGUGUGUGAAUAAGUUUGCUCAAAUAUAAUAAAAAUAAUAAUAAAGAAGUAAAAGUGAAAAUCCUACGCAAUCGAAACGCAGAAACAGCAGCAGAAGCAGAAGCCGGCGCCUCCGUUCAUUUUUUUUUGCGUAUCCCAAAGCAAACGAAACAAUCUCAUAAUGAAGAGGAGAAAAUUAAUGAAUCGAAAAUUAUGAAAUCCAAUAAUAAUAAAUUAUGUGAAGCAGCCUGGCGCAAAGAAUCUAUUACAGUGAAUUUAUUUUCUCGGAAGGCAGCGUAGAAAGUCGCUGUGAACAAAAGUGGCUGAAGAAAACCCAAAGCGAAAAGUUGCUGAAAGUCAGAAUAUCAACGAGGCGAGGGUCCAGCUGGCGACUUGGUGUGAGGGAAAACAGUGAGGGGGAGAGGGGUUUUCUUGAGGAUGUGGGCACCCAAAGUGGUUCCCGGUCCAGAGCGAUGGGUCCGACCAGAAGAACCACCCAUCGAACCACAAGUCCUGUGUGCAGAAUGUCUGCGAAAAGUCUGCCUAGUGAAAAUGUGAAACGGCCCGAAGGUCGACGAACUUGUGUGAAAAUUUCCGAGAUUGGUGUGCAUUUUUGUAGGUGAAUUGGCUGAGAAGGAAGCCGCCAACCUGCAAAUGGGCCUAUUUGGCUAGGGGAGUUACGAAAUUGAUAGCAGCCGAGCAGUUUAUUUUUGCUGCUACUGUACUCUAUAAUUGUGUGCAAACGAGAACGGCGGAAAAAAACAUGGUAUCGGGGAAACUUUCCCGAGGAAAAUUGCGGCAGAUAAUCGUGCAGUCAGGCAGUAAAUGGGGUUUAACACGAAGUGAAUGGACCCAGUGAUUGGAAAUGUGAACAAAAAGAUGAAAGCCAAUCGAGUGCGGGAGGUCUUAAAGCGAGGACGUGUACGAAGAAUGGGGAGGUUCUGGGAACGUUGAUUUAGCGGCCGAAGAUGAAGAAAUACGGAUUUCAUUCGACGAAGGUAGCAUGCAUUGAGUAGAGGAAACUUACCGUCGUCGACGAAGAAAGAAAAAAAAGGGUAUCACUGUCAAUUGUUCUUCCAAUUCUAUCGGGAAAUAUACGUCCACAUCGUUCUCUCGAAAAAGCCAAUGAAAAAUAUCCCCAACAUGUCACCCCGGUGACAUCUGACGAAGCCAAAAGAAAGGAAACAGCUUCAACGUGACAGGGGGCCUUCGUGUGAGAUAAGAAAAGUAUUCUAUCGGAAAAAGCACCCACGACGAAAAAAUAAACGCCUAAAAUAGCUAUAAUCAUUACACACUCACCUGAAUAACAAAAAGGGCGAAACAAAGUCACACACAAACACAAGGAAGAGGGCACGAGAAGAGCAAGAGAAGGAGGAGGAGCAAUAAAAUAAUUAGCGCGCGGGGGAAUUGAGACAUGGGGCUGCAGACGGCCUCUUGUGCCGCGUUUCUGACAGCCAUCGCUAGCGUUUUACUCCUAGCGCGGAUACCGCAAUGUGCACUAGCAUCACAUGGGAACUUCUCAGAUUUUCCCUUCAUCUACCUGACACAUCCACCGGAAAUCAUUCGCAAACCGUCGAACCAAGGCGUCCGGGUUGGCGGAGUGGCAACGUUUUUCUGCGGGGCCAGAGGUGAUCCACAGCCAAACAUAGUGUGGAGGAAAAAUGGAAAGAAAAUAAUGGGUACCCAAUCUCGCUACUCGGUCAUCGAAUCUAAUGGUGUUUCCAUGCUGCGGAUCGAACCUGUACGUGCCGGCCGUGACGAUGCCCCGUACGAAUGUAUGGCGGAAAAUGGCGUCGGAGAUGCAGUAUCCGCCGAAGCUACAUUAACCGUCUACGAACCGGACAAAACGCCAUCGGGUUUCCCGGUCAUCACUCAGAGCCCCACGACGCGAGUAAUUGAAAUUGGCCACACGGCCGUAAUGCAAUGCAAGGCAACCGGAACGCCGCUGCCGAAGAUCUACUGGAUCAAGGACAUGAAACGUGUCGACAUGACCAAUCCCCGCUACAGCAUCAACAGCGAAGGAAGCCUCCAAAUAGACAACAGCGAAGAAAGUGACAUGGGGCGGUACGAGUGCGUGGCAGAAAACUCCGUCGGUACGGAACACACCAAGCAAACAAACCUCUAUGUGAAAGUUCGACGUGUGCCACCCACCUUUUCCCGGCCACCGGAGCCCAUCUACGAGGUGAUGUUGGGAGGAAACCUGACGUUAACCUGUGUGGCGGUAGGAUCUCCGAUGCCUCUCGUCAAAUGGCGCCAAGGAAUUGAUCAGGAUCUAACACCGGAGACCGACGUCCCGGUUGGGCGCAACGUUCUGGAGCUGAGCAACAUUAGACACAGUGCCAAUUAUACCUGUAUCGCAUCUUCUACGCUCGGGGUUAUCGAUGCCACCACCCUGGUGAAGGUGCAAUCUCUCCCCGCAGCACCAACUGACGUGACAAUAUCGGAAGUUACCGCAACACAGGUGCGCCUAGAGUGGUCGUACAAGGGACCGGAAGAUCUCCAAUACUAUGUAAUCCAGUACAAACCGAAGAACGCCAAUCAGGCGUUCAGCGAAAUCAGUGGUAUCAUUACAAUGUUUUACGUUGUGCGAACGCUGAGUCCAUACACGGAGUAUGAGUUCUAUGUGAUUGCUGUGAACAAUAUCGGUAGAGGGCCGCCCUCGUCGCCAGCUACGUGCACUACCGGAGAGACAGAUGAUUCUGCGUAUGGAGGCUCCAAGAUGGAAAGUGCACCGAGGAACAUUCAAGUGCGCCCGUUAAGUUCAUCGACAAUGGUUAUCACUUGGGAGCCACCUGAGACGCCUAAUGGACAAGUGACUGGCUACAAAGUGUACUACACUACAAACCCCAGCCAACAGGAAGCAUCCUGGGAGUCGCAGAUGGUGGACAACAGCGAGCUAACGACCAUCUCGGAACUAACGCCGCACGCAAUCUACACCAUCCGGGUGCAGGCGUUCACUUCGAUGGGGGCCGGUCCAAUGUCCAACCCGGUACAGGUCAAAACGCAGCAAGGCGUUCCCUCCCAACCGAGCAACUUCCGCGCUACCGAUAUUGGCGAAACAGCUGUCACUCUCCAGUGGUCCCGGCCGACCCACUCCGGCGAGAACAUCGUACACUACGAGCUGUACUGGAAUGACACCUAUGCAAACGAGCAGCAUCAUCAGCGAAUCCCCAACACCGAAACGUACACGUUGAGCAGUCUCUACCCGGACACCCUUUACUACUUCUGGUUGGCGGCUCGAUCGCAGCGUGGUGAAGGAGCUACCACUCCACCAAUACCCGUUCGAACCAAGCAAUACGUACCUGGUGCACCACCACGUAAUAUAACAGUUGAAGCCACCAGUCCGACGACGAUCAACGUUUCCUGGCUGCCCCCGCCAGUGGAGCGUUCGAACGGUGCCAUCGUGUACUAUAAAGUGUUUUUCGUCGAGGACGGCCGCUCCGAUGGGGACGCCACCGUAACAACCCUCAACUCCACCAGCAUCGUGCUGGACGAACUAAAACGCUGGACCGAUUACAAGAUCUGGGUACUGGCCGGGACAAGCGUGGGCGAUGGACCCCGGUCCUACCCGGUCACUGUUAGAACCCACGAAGACGUUAAAAUGCCCGGAGAGCCACAGGACGUGCUAGCAGUCCCAGUCAAUUCUACCACCAUCAAAGUUACAUGGAAGCCUCCGAAGGAGAAAAACCGCAACGGCAUUAUCCGGGGUUAUCACAUUCAUGUCCAGGAGAUGCGCGACGAGGGCCGAGGACUGCUGAAUGAGCCGAUGAAAUUCGACGUGGUGGAUGCGAUGGAGUAUAACGUCACUGCCCUGCAGCCGGAUACUAAAUAUUCCGUCCAGGUGGCUGCCUUGACUCGGAAAGGCGAUGGAGAUAGAAGUACUCCAAUUACGGUUAAAACGCCAGGUGGCGUUCCUGUCAGGCCCACUGUUAACCUGAAGGUUUUAGAGCGUGAUCCAACGGUGUCCAUUGAACUGGAAUGGGAACGGCCAAAGCAAACGUAUGGUGAAUUGCGUGGUUUCCGUGUUAAAUGGGGCGUUCGAGAGCAUCCUUUACAGGAAGAGCCAAUCCUGAAUGAAAAUACUUUAACAAAACGAAUCAACGAUCUGGAGCGAGGUGUAGAGUACGAAUUCAGAGUAGCCGGUAUGAAUCACAUUGGUAUCGGACAAGAGACGAUCAAGUAUUAUCAAACGCCGGAAGGAACACCAACCGGCCCGCCUACAGAUAUCGUUGUAAGAUUCCAGACCCCCGAUGUGGUCUGUAUUACUUGGGAACCCCCAACAAGAGAGCAUAGAAACGGGCAGAUAACUCGGUAUGAUGUUCAGUUCCACAAGAAGAUUGACCACGGAUUAGGUACGGAUAGAAAUACAACGAUGCGAAAAGCUGUGUUCACAAAUCUCGAAGAAAGUACUGAAUAUAUUGUUAGAAUUAGAGCAUACACCAAGCAAGGGGCUGGUCCAUACAGCGAGAAGAAAAUCAUUUCCACGGAACGGGAUAUGGGUCGUGCUCCUCUAUCAGUGCAAGCUGUGGCCACUUCUGAGCAAACUGUCGAAGUUUGGUGGGAGCCUGUGCCGUCUCGCGGUAAACUUGUGGGAUACAAGAUAUUCUACACCAUGACUGCCGUCGAAGACCUUGACGAAUGGCAAACGAAAGUUGUCGGAGUUACCGAAUCGGCAGAUCUCCUGAAUCUAGAGAAAUUCGCACAGUAUGCCAUAGCAAUCGCUGCAUUGUACAAAACCGGGCCUGGAAGACUCAGUGAGAAAGUAACUGUGAAAGUUAAGCCUGAAGAUGUUCCGCUAAACCUCAGAGCCCACGACGUAAGCACACACUCCAUGACCCUUAACUGGGCUCCACCAAUCCGGUUGAACCCCACGAACUACAAAAUUUCCUUCGAUGCCGUUAAAGAGUUUGUCGACUCUCAAGGUAUACCUCAAAAGCAAGUCCUACCGAAACGCGAAAUUGUUCUGAAAAGUCAUAGCGUUCAACAUACCAUCUCAGACCUGUCGCCUUUUACGACAUAUUUUGUCAAUGUCAGCGCAAUUCCAACCGAUUAUUCCUAUAAACCACCUACAAAAAUCACAGUCACAACUCAAAUGGCAGCCCCACAACCGAUGGUCCAACCGGACUUUUAUGGCGUUGUAAAUGGUGAAGAAAUUCAGGUCAUUCUGCCACAAGCUUCGGAAGAAUACGGACCAAUAUCGCAUUACUACUUGAUCGUUGUUCCAGAAGACAAAUCCAACCUUCACAAACAUCCGGAUCAAUUCCUUACAGAAGAUUUACUCCCGAGCAAGACUCGAUCCGAACGACUCAAUGCACCGUACAUAGCAGCUAUGUUCCUGCAAAGGAACAUCCCAUACACAUUCCACCUUGGAUCUGGCGAAACCAAUCACAAUUUUACCAACAAAAAGCUUGAACGCGGAAAAAGAUACCGAAUCUUUGUCCGAGCCGUUGUAGACACUCCUCAGAAGCAUCUGUACACAUCGAGUCCUUUCUCCGAGUUCCUUGCUCUAGACAUGAAGGAAGCUCCAACAGGAGAACCGCCACAUCGACCGAAUCCCAACGUGCCGCAAGAUCCGGAAAUUCUCAUCCGGGGUAAAAGUGAAGAACCUGGAAUGAUUUGGGUCGUUGGACCUAUUAUCGCUGCACUCGUUCUGUCCUUCCUUUUAGUAAUCAUUUACUUUGUUAAGAGACGCCGGCAGCCGUAUAAAACACCCGACCAAGCUGCAGUAACUCGCCCACUCAUGGCUGCCGAUUUGGGAGCGGGUCCAGCUCCUACCGAUCCGGUCGACAUGCGACGUCUCAACUUCCAAACUCCUGGAAUGAUCAGCCAUCCGCCUAUACCGAUCUCGGAACUAGCCAACCACGUAGAGCGCUUGAAGGCAAACGAUAAUCUCAAAUUUUCACAAGAAUACGAAAGCAUCGAACCGGGACAACAGUUCACCUGGGAUCACUCAAACAUGGAAGUCAACAAACCCAAAAACCGAUACGCAAAUGUAACAUCGUAUGACCAUAGCAGAGUGAUCCUGCAACCGAUCGAGGGCGUGCCCGGAUCGGAUUACAUCAAUGCCAACUACUGCGAUGGCUACAGAAAGCACAAUGCCUACGUUGCCACGCAAGGACCCCUACAAGAAACGUUUGGCGACUUCUGGCGAAUGUGUUGGGAGUUGAAAUCAUCUACCAUAGUCAUGAUGACUCGAUUGGAGGAACGGUCCCGCAUUAAAUGUGACAUGUAUUGGCCGGCACGUGGCACCGAAGUUUAUGGCGUCAUGACGGUGACAAUCACGGAAACUCAGGAAUUAGCUACUUACAGCAUAAGGACGUUCCAAAUUUGCCGUAGUGGAAGCAAUGAGCGACGAGAGAUCAAGCAACUCCAAUUCACUGCAUGGCCAGAUCAUGGCGUACCGGAUCAUCCGGCUCCAUUCUUGCAGUUCUUGAAACGCACCAAGGUACUCACACCACCGGAUUCGGGACCUAUCAUCGUACACUGUUCGGCGGGUGUUGGAAGAACUGGGUGCUACAUUGUGAUUGACUCAAUGCUGGAACGCAUGCGUCAUGAAAAGAUGAUCGACAUUUACGGCCACGUGACCUGUUUGCGAGCGCAGCGUAACUAUAUGGUGCAAACCGAGGAUCAAUAUAUCUUCAUCCACGAUGCGCUAUUGGAAGCGGUCAUCUGCGGUAGCACAGAGGUUCCCGCUAGAAGUCUCCACAAUCACAUACAAAAACUUAUGCAAACCGAGCCAGGAGAGAACAUCACCGGAAUGGAAAUGGAGUUCAAAAAGUUAUCAAACGUUAAGGCCGACUCGUCUCGCUUCGUGACGGCGAACUUGCCCUGCAACAAGCACAAGAACCGACUGGUUCACAUACUGCCAUAUGAAGCAUCUCGGGUCUGUUUGACACCAAUACGUGGAGUUGAAGGUAGCGACUACAUCAAUGCCAGUUUUGUCGAUGGCUAUCGAUACCGGAACGCGUACAUUGCUGCACAGGGACCGCUUCAGGAAACCGCGGAAGACUUCUGGCGAAUGUUGUGGGAGCACAAUUCUACGAUUGUCGUGAUGUUAACAAAGCUCAAAGAAAUGGGAAGGGAAAAAUGUUUCCAAUACUGGCCCCACGAACGUUCGGUCCGGUAUCAAUGCUACGUGGUUGAUCCCAUUGCUGAGUACAACAUGCCCCAGUACAAACUGCGCGAGUUCAAAGUGACCGAUGCACGGGAUGGAUCGUCGCGCACGGUUCGCCAGUUCCAGUUCAUCGACUGGCCCGAGCAAGGAGUGCCAAAAUCGGGCGAAGGCUUCAUCGACUUUAUCGGUCAAGUGCACAAAACGAAGGAGCAAUUCGGCCAGGAUGGUCCCAUCACGGUGCACUGCAGUGCCGGCGUCGGACGGACCGGCGUGUUCAUCUCGCUCAGUAUAGUGCUAGAGCGAAUGCAGUACGAAGGGGUGCUGGACGUGUUCCAGACGGUGCGGAUACUGCGAUCGCAGCGGCCAGCUAUGGUGCAAACGGAGGAUCAAUACCAAUUUUGUUACCGUGCUGCUCUUGAAUACCUGGGCUCAUUCGACCACUAUGCCAACUAAACGGAAUCAGAACCAAUGACUAACAAACGAUAGCGUAAAAAUGAUAGCACUUACUUCAAUUGUUAAAAUAUUGAAGAAAAUGGAACAAUCGCCAGUAGAGCAGAGACAUGUACCAGAAUAAGUGAGAACAUCAUUCCAGUAGCGGAAUCAUGAUAACCGUCAUUCUGAACUGCAUUUAUCUUCAUCGAUUGUUGCGGAGUGGUUCAAUUAGUGUGUUAUCAUAUUUAGCCAAGAAUCACUCGCUCAAUCACCAACCAUUCAUACCGGAAAGAAUUGGUGGCUACGAUUAAUAAUAGCUCUCUAGUAGACUUGUUUUGUAUUACAGUAAAUACAAAAAGAAAUUAUUUCCGUACUCACAUCAUCCAUACCCUAGAGCUGAUAGCCAACAUCAAACAGGCUAAAUCAUUUCAUUCCUAGUUCACACAUUUUUUUCUGAACAAACACUUUUCGAUGGAACCCUUCUUCCUCAAUAAAAAGGAUUUUAAAUCAUUUAAUGCGAAAUUUGUCGAUUGACGAUCCAAAAGAACUAAACCUACAUUUCACUAGCUAGAACGAAAUCUAAUAGAGAAAAAAUAAACGAAUUAAUUGAAUAUCAAAAAUAUAGAAUCAGGUUUUUAGAUAAAUUUCAACCAGAUAUGGAACAUUGUAAGCAUUUUUCAGGAUAAAAAAGUUACUACUUAUUAGCAAGUAAUUGGACAGUGACAACCAUUCAAAUUACAGAAUAGCAACAUUACAGUGUGAACCGAUAGAAGCAAACCAAUCUAAAGACACACAAUAAACUCGUGUUUGUAUAAAGCAAAAAAGAAACAGGUGAACAGUACAGUAGGAAGGACACAAACAAACGCUUUAUUUCAUUUGCUGAAGGAUUGCAAGAAAGAUGCUAUGAAGAAACAUAAUUACGAGAAUGAAUGCACAUCAGCAGGAGUGUCGCCUAUAUUAUAAAGUAUAUUUUUUAUAAAACAGAGUGAACGAUUGAGUAAACAAACAAUAUAAGAGAUAUCUGUUGAAGCAAAUGGGAGUUAAUAUUCGUCAGACUGAUAUUGUAAAAGAAACUAACGCUACUACUGUAAAAAAAGUUUAUAAACGGUCGAUGUGCGACAUACAAGUCGCUCGCGACUGGUUGGCAUCGGAAGAGAGUAAAAGCAGUAAAACAUACUUAAGAAAGAAAGCGAUAUAUUAGAAGAGUUGAUCUGUUUUUGAAUGAUGUGAAUACACAAAGAUUAUUAACCCAGUGAGAAAUCAGCUUGGUGAACAUAGGCGCAAAUAUACAGCUGUGUUAAGAAAUGUAGAAAGCAGACGAAAACGCAUAUAUAUCACGCUAUAGACUUGUAAACAGCUAGAUUUAAGUUUAUACAGGAAAUGACAAAAAGGAAACCUAACUGGCGCAUCAAUAAUUUUCUGAAGCAUUAAGCACGCGCAUCACAAUCAUCAUAUCCGCGCAAGCGGGAUGAAGGGAAUAGAGAAACUGGACUUAAGUUUAUGAACCGCUUGAAUAAUUGUGUUUGAUAUGUACUGGAUAUUUUGGACAACCAUUGCGUUAGGCACUCAAUUAUAUAGGUUUGCAACUUUUGACGUGAUAAUAAUACUAUAGAGACUCAAAUGUGUGCGCAGAUUGCACGCGGAUUACAAAAAGAAAUACUCGGAAUCGGAAAUGCCCAUAGUUUAAGUAAGGUCGCACACGAGCAAACCGUAGUUGUCGACUCAGCACGUCCAUGUUUAGUUGUGCCACGCAAUCGUCUCUAGAGCGAUCAUGUUUAUAGCAAUCGAUUAAUGUGAGUCAUGCCGGCGACAAACUUCUCCGUUUAGAGUAGGCAUUCAGUACAAGUUUAAGUGUCAGCAUAUCAUCCGUAAUAGACGUUUCCAUUUUGUUCAGAAGUGAUGACAGGCAAGAUGAGUUACAUCCAUUAACAGAAUUAUUUGCUGUGCAUUGCGAUAACGAGCUGUAUCAUCAGGGCGUCAGGUUAGAAUGACGUGUUACGAGGUGGAAAACAAGUACGUUUAGGGAUCUCAUGAAUCUUUUAAUUCUACAACUUCAUU